UAGAGCGGGCAUGGUCGUGAAAGUGGUAAUAUUAAAACGCGCAGACGCGUUCCCAAAGGUGUUGUUGGUGUGCCCGAGUUUCAGCUGAGGAUGGAUGCGCUACGGCGAUUUCUCGUGAGGAAACGCUGGACAUCGCUGGCAAAGUGUCGUAUGAAAACGAGUUCGUCGGCUGCACUUACACAACUGUGCGCUGUCACAGUCGACAAGAAAAGUACCCUGACUGCACUUAAACAUCAUGUGCACCACAGAAGUGAAAACAGCCUGAACUUGUGGCGAACAUUCUCGUCGCACACAGUACUCAAUGAGUAUGAAGCUGUCUCGCCUUCCAUGACCGAAGUUGAGUAUGAGACUGUUACGAAAGAGACACUGGAAUCUCUAGCUGAACGAUUUGAUGAAAUCAUUGAAGAUCUCAGUGAUGUUCCUGAAGCUGACCUUGCAUUGAGCGAUGGUGUUCUUACUGUACACUUUGGGCACAAAUAUGGUACCUAUGUAAUCAACAAGCAGACUCCAAACAGACAGAUAUGGCUUUCAUCACCUGUCAGUGGUCCAAAGAGAUACGACUUCAUAGAAAACAAGUGGGUAUACAGACACGAUGGUGUGUCGCUUCGUGACCUCCUGGAAAAUGAGAUAUCUUCGUUGCUAAAGAAGCCUGUAAAGUUUGACUGUUGCAUAUAGAAAAUGUACAUCAUAGGUUUAAGAAGGUUAUAUUUACUGUAAAUAAAGAUUUGUUGACUAGGCUG